AUGGACACGAUGCAGCAGAACUACGGCACCUAUGUCAAUCCCCAAGAUCUAGAGAAUAACCACGGCGACUUCCAGGACUCGUUCUGGCAGAUGCGCAUCGACCCCAAUGCCUACCAACAGCCCUACAACGCUGCCGUCCUGUCUUCCACAACCGAGCGCUCCGGCCGGAAACAGGACUCGGCCCUCGAUCUCACUUCAUUCUCCAAUCAAGCCUACCCCUGCAUCAAGGCUGAGGACGACUUCAACACGUUUGUGCACACGACAAACUCCACUCCCACUUCCAACACGCCCUCGCCGCCAGACAACUUUGUCUUUAGCAAUGCAAACUCCCCAGGUGACUUUGUGCGCGACCAGAGCCAGACGAGCUCACCCGAAACGUGCAAUGACUCCCUCACAAACGACAGCUGGCCCGCCAUCCACAUCCCUCAACCUGUCGACCAGUCUCAGGUCUUCAUCGCCCUCGACAAAAACAAAAACAGGGCCGAAACACAGAUCAAGACUACCGUAACAAUGGACCCGCUUUCCCCCCACUACCAAUGGAUUCGCUUCCCGCGCCAUAACCUCGCCAAACCAAAGCAAAUGGCUAGCACCGAAGAGGUCAAUGCCAACGAGAAGAACAACUGCACUGCUCGUCUGCAGCUUACACUGGUGUUGGCAACGGCCGUCGAAAAACCCGACGGCCUGGAACGUGCCUUCCGUCGUGCUAGGGGUGACGAGCCGACACCAAGGCGCCCACGUGGGGUAGCCAUCACCGACAUUGCCAAAGACGACCGAUGCCACCCCCAGAAUGGCGGUGCCGUCAUCAUCUGCGAGGGCUGCAAGGAGCGCGAGGCAAAAAGAUUCAACCGCAAGAAGAAGCGUGAGGCCGACGACGAAAAGGAGUGGUCGUCGUACGAGGACGAGCGCAUCAUCAUGAUCAACGAAAAGGAGUUCAAGAGAUGGCAGGACAACGACAGCCCUGACCAUUCCAUGAACGCAAAGAAGGUCGAGUUUGUCAUGCGCAUCACAUGCUACUGCAGACACCAAGAAGACAAGUCACCUGUCGGCUACAGAGUCAUCUUCACCUUCAAGGACGUCAACGACAACCUCCUUGCGCAGGAGAUUUCCGAAAUUGUGCAAAUCACAGACGACCACAAGAACAAGGAAAAUCCUUCCGAAACUCUUAGCUCGUUGACUAUUCCCACUGGACCACACGACAGCAUGCCCAUGCAGUACACUGUCCCCAUGUCCGAGUACUCUCCUACUGUCUGCAGCAGUCAGUAUUCGCUGCCUACAACGCCUAUCGUUACCCAGGCUCCCGGUUUGCCUCACUCACAGAGCAUGUUCUUCCCACGGGAAGCACAAUAUCCUCGCAUGAUGAACCCCGCUGCCGUUACUCAGGCUCCAACCCAGUCUGGUAUGGGUUUCUACGGUACUGCUAUGCCUGCACCUGCACCUACUCAGCAAUACGCCUCACACCAGCGUGGUCAAAGCUACUUUUCGCCAUCCAUGCUCAGUCCGACGGGUGAGCAGAUGCCCACACAGUCUGGCUACGCACUUCACCGUCCUCAUUCUCUGGACAGCUUUCCUCAAGCAUUCAACUUCAACUACACUGCGCAACCAUCAUAUCCACAAAUCUACUCAUCACAACCACCAUCGCGGGCUACUUCACGGCCAGCAUCGCCAACCUGGGAUCAAGGAAGAGGAGCGAAGAAGAUGCGGCCUCAGCCCGCUGCUGGCUUCAUGUUGUUUGAAGAUUUUGAGGAGUAG